UCCCUUCCUUCCCCUGCACGAUUACCUAAAUCAAUGCUACUCGGGCGUCAACCGUUGUUAGUCAGCAGCAGCCGGACUCUCGCGGAUGCUCGGCAUGGAAACGUGACGGGGACACGAGACCAAAAGGAAACACGUAGUAGACGGUUGUGAGCGCUGCAGAAAUUUCCUACGGAAACUCGCAGCCAACUGCCGACAGCUACAAGUCUAUGCAGACAGUUGUAAACUUGCUUUACCCUGCACAAGGCUCCAAAAAAGAAUUUAAAAAACGUCAUUAUGCGUGUGCAUUUGCAAGGGUUUUCCCGCAACCAUCCCAUCUGUGUCUAUCAGGCAGCAUGUUAAUCGUGCAUACGUGUUCCUCGUGUAGUGCAACUUCAACAAAUUUGAACAGAGUGCCCAAUAAUAAAAAGCAAAUUCGAACAGGAAAUUCGCCCGUUUGUGUAAUACAUUCUUUUACAGUACCUGACAGCACCAAAAACAAAAGCAUGUGCUUUCACUACCGGAGGCCUUGGAAACAAAUAUGGUCAUGAUUCUCAAGCACAUACUACAUCAUUGGUUUAUCGACAACGCAUUCGAGUAUCAACAGGAAUACUAGUACUAGUACUCCUACUCAACAGCAGGCAUGAAGAGACAACCAUCUCCUCAAACUCAAAGUGGGGGUCCAGCAGGUAGUCGGUUCGGCUUCGAGGCCAUUUCUGGCGUUGUUUAGCACGGCCACCCAAGGAACAUGGCCGUGCCAUUAGAAAAAACCCCACCAAGUAGUGUGAUGCCAUUUUUCUACUUUGGCCAAGGCCUCCUUUCUGGACAACGCACCACUCAGACCAAUGUUAUUUAGCUUGACUGACUCGCCCGUCACCCAACCACUUCGACGCAAACCAAGCCAGCUAUAAAACCGCGCGCCAGCUAAACGCCCCCAUUCAACACCGACCAGCACCAUCACUGCUUGGAAGGUUCAAAUCUCCCAGCACUACUUGGUCUUGAAGGAAAGUGAGAGGCAAAAGCAGAGGAGUGACUUUGCCCGUAGCCCGCCGCCGGCCAUGGCCUCCUACGACAAGGCCAUGGAGUCGUACAAGAAGGCCGUCACCACGGCGGCCUCCCUCGCGGCGUCCGCGAUGCUGGUGCGGGGCGUCGUCAACGAGCUGGUGCCCUACGAGGUGCGUGACCUGCUCUUCUCCGGCAUGGGCUACCUUCGCUCGCACAUGUCCUCCCAGCACACCAUCAUCAUAGAGGAGACCGAGGGGUGGGCCAACAACCAGCUCUACGACGCCGCGCGGGCGUACCUGGCGACGCGGAUCAACACCGACAUGCAGCGCCUCCGGGUCAGCCGCGUCGACGAAACCAAGAGCAUGAUGUUCAGCAUGGAGGAGGGCGAAGAGAUGGCCGAUGUCCAUGAGGGCACCGAGUUCAAGUGGCGCCUUGUCUGCCGGGACAACUCCAGCGCCAGCAGCAGCAACACCAACGGCCGUGGCGGCAGCGGCAAUUUCAAGCUUGAGGUCCGGUCCUUCGAGAUGAGCUUCCACAGGAAGCACAAGGACAAAGCACUUACCUCCUACCUCCCUCACAUCCUCGCCGUGGCCAAGAAAAUCAAAGAGCAGAACAGGACGCUCAAGAUCUACAUGAACGAAGGUGAGUCAUGGUUUGCCAUUGAUCUCCACCACCCAUCAACCUUCAGCACGCUUGCCAUGGAUCACAAGCUCAAGCAGUCAGUCAUGGAUGAUCUCGAGAGGUUUGUCAAGAGAAAGGAAUACUACAAGAAGAUCGGCAAGGCAUGGAAACGAGGGUACCUGCUGUAUGGCCCACCUGGGACUGGCAAGUCAAGCAUGAUUGCAGCAAUGGCCAAUUACCUCAAAUUUGAUGUAUAUGAUCUUGAGCUCACUGAGGUCAACUGGAACUCAACACUUCGGAGGUUGCUCAUCGGGAUGACCAACCGGUCAAUUCUUGUCAUUGAGGACAUCGACUGCACUGUCGAGCUGCAACAGCGGGAGGAAGGUCAGGAGGGCACCAAAUCCAACCCUUCAGAGGACAAGGUGACACUAUCCGGGCUACUCAACUUCGUUGAUGGGCUUUGGUCAACAAGUGGGGAGGAGAGGAUAAUUAUCUUCACAACAAACUACAAAGAAAGGCUCGAUCCUGCGCUUCUGCGCCCUGGCAGGAUGGACAUGCACAUUCACAUGGGGUACUGCUGCCCAGAGUCGUUCCGAAUCUUGGCCUCCAACUACCACUCUAUAGAUCACCAUGCCACAUACCCGGAGAUAGAAGAAUUGAUCAAGGAGGUCAUGGUGACUCCAGCAGAGGUCGCAGAGGUGCUCAUGAGGAAUGAAGAGACGGACGUCGCACUCAAAGGUCUUAUCCAGUUCCUCAAGAGAAAGAAAGAUGGCGCUGGCAAACCGGAAAAUGUGGACCAGGUGGCGAAGGAGGAAGAACAAGAGAAGGAGAUGAUGACGAAAAGUGAUGUCCCAGAUAAUGAAGAUCAGCAAGAUGGGAGCAAAGAAUGAUGUGUAUACAGUGUGAAUAUCAUACAAUUAGUGCCAGGAACUUCGAGCAACAAUGUAUCAUUUUGCUAUAAUAAGAGAUCAAUUUUGGUAACAAUAAAAUAAUCUGGUAUUGUGAACAGUUA